UCACCGUCAGGUCUCGUUGUUCAAUUGAGAAAGAGCGAGAGCGAAAGGGAGAGACAGAGCAAACCCUCGUACUCGCCGGCGAUGUUCAAGCUCGGCCGUGGCGGUGCCGGCGCCGGCGGCUCCGGGAGGGGUAGCGGCGGGAAGCGGGCGUUGCCCCCGCCACCCCCUCCUCGACCCGGCGCUCGCCUUCCUGCAGCUAGAGGCGCGGGGCGCGGCGGUCGCCAGGGCCCUGGAGGUGGAGGCGGUGAGCCCCCCUCUCGAGAGGAAUCCUUCAGCCUUGUUCCUGGACCUUCACUCAAUUUCGCUGCUAUUAUCCGGCUCACCCCUGACAUCGUGAACGAGAUCAGGCGCGCUGAGGCCCAGGGCGGCGCCGCGAGGAUCAAGUUUGAUUCCAAUCCGAACAAUCAUUCUGGAAACGUUAUUGAUAUCAGUGGUAAGGAAUUUAGGUUUACAUGGUCAAGAGAACUUGGUGACCUUUGUGACAUUUAUGAGGAACGGCAAAGCGGAGAGGAUGGGCAUGGAUUGCUUGUUGAGCGUGGCGCUGCAUGGCGCAAACUAAAUGUGCAGCGGAUCCUUGACGAAUCUACCAAAAACCAUGUCAAAAUGCUAUCUGAGGAGGCUGAACGGCAAUCCAAAUCUCGGAAAUCAAUUGUCUUAGAUCCUGCAAAUCCAUCUGUAAAGAACCAGGCCAAAACAAUGGCUGCUGCUGCAGUUGAAGGUAGUAUGAGAAGAAUGAGUUGGAAGCAUAAAAAAGAUACUUUCUUUAAGAAGCACAAAAGUGAGCAGAACCCAGGCCCAAGUGUGGUCUCAUCAAAAACUUUUCCAAAAGGAGGAAUAUCUUCGAAUAAUACAACUAAGGCUAUGCCUGCAGUAUCACCUCAGCUCUCUCCUCCUGAGCAGCCUGGACCUGGCACAUCAUCCUCUCCAAUUGUAGCUGCUAAUUAUACAAAAGAGGAUCUAAAUAUCGAGGAAAUAUUUGCUCCAUUGACCGGAGGCAAGGAAGACACUGGCAACUUUGGCAAAGAAAUGUCUUGCAAUGUGAAUGACAGGGGCAUUGCUGGUCAACAUAGGGAUUUAAGGAGCCUUUUGAUAUCUAGACUAUUAGAAAAUCCAAAGGGGAUGAAUUUAAAGUCAUUAGAAAAAGCAGUUGGAGGAAUGAUUCCAAAUGCUGAGAAGAAGAUUGAGAGUAUAUUAAAGAAUAUUGCAAUUUUCCAGGCACCCGGUAGAUACAUUCUGAAGCCAGGAGUGGAAGUAGAGAAUCACAGAAAACAAGGCUCUGAAAGUGGAAGCUCUCCAGAAAGUGCACAUGAUCACACCGGAGCUGCAGAGUCAUUCUUUAUGGAGAAAGGCUCCCGGGAAAAUAUUGAGCAGGAAACUAAACUCAAUUCAAAAUUAGAGGAAGAAUCAGAUCCUUUUACAGUAAUUGACAUGAAUCCGAGUGGUCCAGAUCCUUUUAGUGGUAAAGAUAAGACUGGUAAUGAAAGUGAGGCAAGGGCAAACUCAUCAAGUGAAAGUGGAAGUGAUAGUGACAGUGACAGUGAUAGCAGUGAUAGUGAAAGCGACAGUGGGAGUCAAAGCCACAGUCCAGCUGGAAGUGCAAGCGCAAGCAGCAGCAACAGUGAGAGUGAUAAUUCCUCCAGCAGCAAGGAGGGAUCUGAUGUGGAUGUAGAUAUCAUGACAAGUGAUGAUGAGAAAGAGGAUGGUGAGCAUAAAGCUGAGGCACCCAAUGCAAAGCUAUCUUCCUCACCUGGGGAAUGGCAACAAAAUGAUGGUCUACCAGCACAAAAUGGUAAUGUUGAUGGACAUCGAGAUGAGCAUUUUACUUCAUCACCGCUAGAUUUGAAUGAUCUUGAUGUAGGUGAUGAGAGAGAUGUUGAUAUUAUUGAGUCUCCUAUUAAUAAUGGCCCUAAGGCUUCUGAAAAUUUCAGGACUGAAAUUGCUAAGAAUGCUGAUUUGGAGACGUAUCCUAUGAACUCAAGGUAUUCUGCAGAGGUAUUAGCAUUUUCACCAGAUAAACACAAGAAAACAGAGAGGCUGCUGCCCUAUGCAAGAAAUUCAACUGAUGAUCCGAAUCAGCAAACUUUUGAUCAAAGUGUCACAGGAACACAAACCAUCUUUAGUGAAAAAUCUGGGCCUGACAAAAUGGGUGUUAAAGAAAAAAAUUCCAAAGCCAAAUCUAGGAAGACUUCUGAUAGAGAGGAAUUUCAAGAGAAGCCAGAAAUUUCUAAGAGGUCAAAGUCGACAAGCUCAGCUAAAACCUUAUAUUUGGGAAAAAGUAAGGAUUCAGCCAAUUCAGAGGACUUGCAAAAUAUAACUCCUGAAAAAUCUAGGCCUGGCCAAUACAAGGAUCAUAUUCUUCAAGCUGAUAAUAAUGUGAGGAUGAAUGCUAAUGCUGAAGCCAUUACGCAAGAUUACAGUCUUUCAGUGCCUGGAAAAUUUAAAGCAUCUAGAAACAUUGGCAGGAAACAACCUGGUCCAGAUUUUCAGAACACACCUAUUUAUGAAGGUGAUCAGCCAGGGCAAAGAAUCAGUGAUUUUGGCAGGAAGAGGAAGGCCUCAAACAAUGUAGAUAAGUCUACUAGAUGUGUAGAAAAUUCAGGGAGAGGCAACAAACCUGCAGAAACAUUAUCUGUUCAUCCUGAUGAAUCUGAUGCGUCCACCAUGAAAAAUAUUCCUUUACAUGAAAAUGUUCCAAUGACAAGAAAUAAACUGCAUAAAGAUUUGCGAGAUGAAAAUGGUGAUUCUAGUGAGCGAUAUUUAACCAAAAAUAUGAGAGAAAGCAUUGCUGGAGAAAAACUGUCAUCCACCCCUGACUCCUACAGCAGAAAAUCAGGUGAACUGAAGGACAGUGGACAGGUUCCACAAUUUCGCAGAUCUGACAUGUUAAAUCCACCAGUUGUUGAUCGGAAAGGAAAUACACUCAGGAGAGAGCUUUCAGACCUGGAAUUGGGUGAAUUUCGUGAACCUCCUGCCACUGAGGAAAAUGUGGGGGUUAAGAGACUGUUUGAGAGAAAAGAUUCUUUCAAGUCAUCGGAUAAUAAGGUUGCUAUUCCUAAUAACUUGGAGCAAGAUAUGAACAAAGCAAGAGCCAUGACAAAUUCUACCAUUGACUCCAAAAGGCAGUCACCGUCCAUCAUGAGAGGUGGGAGUAAUGGGAAGCAGGAUGGUUUUGACCGGAGGAUAGAAGACAACCUUGUAACUUCUUCUCGGCCUCAGCAAAGAGUAAUGGUGUCUCAGGGUCAGCCAUUUUUAAAAGAUCCAGUUGAUUCUGAAGUGGUAUCUCAUUUGGAUAAAUCAACAGAAAUUGUUGGUAAAACUGAGAAAAAAACAAAUGAAGGUAUUGGUCUUGAAAGUCAUGCUCCAAGGAACGAUCAUAAACGUGGUGGGCCAACAGGAUCUAAGACUAUUAAAGAAUCUAAAUCACAAAAAAUAAAUUCACUGAGGGAUUCUGCUUGCCAAGGGAACAAUACUGCAUGGGUGGAGAGCAAUGCUAAUGAUAGGGGGAGAAGAGAAUCAUCUUCUGAUGAGGAUAGUUUCUUUUACACAAAGUAUGAUAAAGAUGAACCUGAACUCAAACCUCCAAUUAAAGAUUACUUACAGUACAAGGAAUACGUUCAAGAAUAUCGUGAGAAAUAUGGCCACUACUGCUCCUUGAACAAAAAUCUUGAGAAUUUUCGGAAUGAUUUUCUUGGAUUGGGCCAGGAACUUGAUCACGCCCAAGGACGAGAUUUGGAAGAAUACUAUGAUAUUUUAGAGCACUUGAGAAAAUUGUAUCGGCAACAUGGAGAGAAACACAAACAAAUGAAAAAGGUGUUUAUCUUGCUGCAUGAAGAAGUGAAGCACCUCAAACAGAGAAUCAAAGACUUUGCUGAAACAUAUUCACAGGAAUAACAGAAACAGACUGCAUUAACAGUGCUUGAUACCUUGAUCGGUUAAUGUCUUUUAAGAUUAAAACACCGCGGAUGGGUUCACAUGGAAGGUUGUAAACUUGAUGGUUGUACAGAGUGAAACAACUUUCUAAUCUGAGGUUUGAGCUUGAAGCAGGAGUUGUGAAACAGAGGCAAGAAAUCAUUGUCUGCUUGACGUCGAGUCACGGAUUAGUCACUAAUGUAUACUACAGAUCAGGGCACAAACAAUCUGCUCAUUCUUGAAGUCAAAUCUGGAGAAUGCCGGGAAAAACAGAUGAUCGAUACGCUCAAUUAUCCAGCAGUUUUGUGUGUACAUGCGGAGUUUCUUGAGAAAUUGUCGAGGGAACCGACAGAAUCUAAGGAAUUGUACAAUGUAGGCUGUUUAUCGUCACCGGAGCAUCACAAAAUUAGUUCUCUGUUUUUCGUUGAAAAAUAUGAAAGGUUUGUGCCUGCAGGUAAGAGAAGGUUUUGUGUUCUCUGAAGAGAUUUUCUAGUCCUGGGGCUGGAAGUUGCUGUAAAUUAAAAAAAGAAAAAGAAAUUCAUGCUGCUCUUUUUAGAGAAAACUACAUGUUUUUUU